AUGGGCGGUUGCUGCUGCCACCCCAGCCGCGCUCUCCUCCUGCUGCUGGCGCUCGGGGUGCCGCGGCUGGAGGGCGCAGCGCCCGGGUACCACGGGCCGUGCGCUCUGGGGCCCGCGGCCGGGACGCGGCUGAUGCUGCUGGACGGGUCCCGGCCGCCGCCGCACUGCGCCCCGCGCGCCCUCUGGCUCUGCCCGGCAGGUGCAGCCGGCCUCUGGGCGCACAUGUCCAGGCAGGGCUGCGGGGCUGCCGGGGGGAGGGAGCUGCUGAGCCGGCUGCUGCUUCCUCAGGCUCCUGGGGGCAGGAGGUGGAGCUGGGCGCUGUGCCUGGAGCCCGGCUCCCGCAUCCCCCUGCCCCCCGCGGCCGCUUGGGGAGGCUGCCGGCCGCGGUGCAGGGUGCGGGGCGCCGGGGGGAGCUUCUCACCCCAGGCCUCGGGGGAGCUGAUCCUCCCCGUCCGGGCCAUGUGUCUCCGGUCGGGGCACCCGGUGCGCUUGGGGCUGCUGUGCGAGCGGUGCGCGAAGGGGGAAGGGGCGGGGGGGCCCAGGCAGGGGAGGGGCGCUAGGGUCUCCGUCAACUGGAGUCUGGGCCUGAGCUCCCCCAAGCAGCAGGUGGAGCUGGAGAAGCUGCUCGGGGGAGUGGAAGGGGCCCCGGGUGGGGGUGGUGGGAGUAGCCGGAGGAAGCGCAAUGUCAACACCAGUCCCCAGUUCCAGCCGCCCACCUACCAGGUGUCUGUGCCAGAGAACAGGCCAGCCGGCACCCCAGUGAUCUCUCUGCAGGCCACAGACCCUGACGAGGGCGAUGCGGGCCGGCUGCACUACUCCAUGGCCGCGCUCUUCGACAGCCGCUCCAACAGCUUCUUUGCCAUGGAUCCCCAGAGCGGGGCCGUGAGCACGGCCGAGGAGCUGGACCGCGAGACCAAGAGCACCCACGUCUUCCGGGUGACGGCCGUGGACCAUGGCACCCCCCGGCGCACAGCCCUGGCCACACUCACCAUCCUGGUGAGUGACACCAAUGACCACGACCCUGCCUUCGAGCAGCAGGAGUACAAGGAGAGCGUGCGGGAGAACCUGGAGAUCGGGUAUGAGGUACUGACGGUCAGGGCCACCGACGGGGAUGCCAGCACCAACGCCAACAUCCUCUACCGGCUCCUCAAUGGCGAUGGGGCCCAUGAAGCCUUUGAGAUCGACCCCCGCUCUGGGGUCAUCCGCACCAAGGGGCUGGUGGACAGGGAGGCCGUGGAGUCCUACCAGCUCCUGGUGGAGGCCAGUGACCAGGGCAGGGACCCGGGGCCCCGCAGCACCACGGCCACCAUCCACAUUGCUGUGGAGGAUGACAAUGACAAUGCGCCACAGUUCAGCGAAAAGCGCUAUGUGGCCCAGGUGCCUGAGGACGUGGCCGCCAACUCCCACGUGCUGCGGGUGACGGCCAUGGACCGGGACAAAGGCAGCAAUGCCCUGGUGCACUAUAGCAUCAUGAGCGGGAACACCUGGGGCCAGUUCUACAUUGACACCCAGACGGGCAGCAUCGACGUGGUCAGCCAGCUGGACUAUGAGCUGAGCAAGGAGUACACACUACGCAUCCGGGCCCAGGAUGGGGGGCGGCCCCCUCUGUCCAACAUCAGCGGGCUGGUCACCAUCCAGGUCUUGGACGUCAACGACAAUGCUCCCAUCUUCGUCAGCACCCCCUUCCAGUCCACGGUGCUGGAGAACGUGCCCCUCGGCUACUCGGUCCUGCACAUCCAGGCCAUCGAUGCGGACUCCGGGGACAAUGCCCGGCUGCAGUAUGCCCUGCUGGAGGCCGGCCCCAGGUUCCCCUUCGCCAUCAGCAACAGCACAGGCUGGAUUGUGGUGGCCUCAGAGCUGGACCGGGAGACGGUGGAUUUCUACAGCUUUGGGGUGGAGGCCCGGGACCACGGCAGCCCCCCCAUGGCUUCCUCGGCCAGCGUCAGCAUCACUGUGCUGGACGUGAACGACAACAACCCCGAGUUCACCGCGAAGGAAUACUCUGUGCGGCUGAACGAGGAUGCUGCUGUGGGCACCAGUGUCCUGACCGUCUCGGCCAUCGACCGGGAUGCCAACAGCGUCAUCACCUACCAGAUAGCCAAUGGCAACACCCGCAACCGCUUCUCCAUCACCAGCCAGAGCGGGGGCGGCCUCAUCACCCUGGCGCUGCCGCUGGAUUACAAGUUGGAGCGGCAGUACCUGCUGACUAUCACUGCUUCCGACGGCACCCGGCUCGACACGGCCCAGGUCUUCGUCAAUGUGACUGAUGCCAACACCCACCGGCCAGUCUUCCAGAGCUCCCACUACACUGUCAACAUCAAUGAGGACCGGCUGGUUGGCACCACAGUGGUGCUCAUCAGUGCCACGGAUGAGGACACGGGGGAGAACGCCCGUAUCACCUACUUUAUGGAGGACAGUAUCCCCCAGUUCCGGAUCGAUGUGGACACAGGCGCGGUCACUACCCAGAUGGAGCUGGACUACGAGGACCAAGUGUCCUACACACUGGCCAUCACGGCCCGGGACAAUGGCAUUCCACAGAAAUCAGACACCACCUACUUGGAAAUCCUGGUCAAUGAUGUCAAUGACAACGCGCCCCAAUUUCUGCGGGACGCCUACCAGGGCUCUGUCUACGAGGACGUCCCGGCCUUCACCAGCGUCCUGCAGGUCUCUGCCACCGACCGGGACUCGGGGCUUAAUGGGAGGGUGUUCUAUACCUUCCAGGGUGGGGAUGAUGGGGAUGGGGACUUCAUAAUUGAAUCUACCUCCGGCAUCGUGCGGACGUUGCGCCGGUUGGACCGGGAGAACGUCCCUCUCUACGAGCUACGAGCCUACGCCGUGGACAAGGGCAUCCCGGCCACGAGGACCCCUGUCGACGUCCAGGUGGCCAUCCUGGAUGUGAACGACAACCCCCCAGUCUUUGAGCGGGACGAGUUCGACGUCUUUGUGGUGGAGAACAGCCCUAUCGGCCUGGUGGUGGCACGGAUCACGGCCAGUGACCCAGACGAGGGCACCAAUGCCCAGGUCAUGUACCAGAUCGUGGAGGGCAACAUCCCUGAGGUCUUCCAGCUUGACAUCUUCUCCGGGGAGCUGACAGCACUGAUGGAUCUGGAUUACGAGGCCAAGGCGGAGUAUGUCAUCGUGGUGCAGGCCACGUCGGCCCCGCUGGUGAGCCGGGCCACGGUGCACAUCCGCCUGCUGGACCAGAACGACAACCCCCCCGUGCUGAGAAACUUUGAGAUCCUCUUCAACAACUACGUCACCAACAAGUCCAGCAGCUUCCCCAGCGGGGUGAUUGGCCGCAUCCCAGCCCACGACCCCGACGUCUCGGACACGCUCACCUACAGCUUCGAGCAGGGCAACGAGCUGCACCUGGUGCUGCUGAAUCACAGCUCCGGGGAGCUGCGCCUGAGCCGGGCGCUGGAUAAUAACAGGCCUCUGGAGGCCGUCAUGAGGGUGUCUGUCUCAGACGGCGUGCACAGCGUGGCGGCUCAGUGCACCCUGCAGGUGACCAUAGUCACGGACGAGAUGCUGACCAACAGCAUCACGCUGCGCCUGGAGAACAUGUCCCCGGAGCGGUUCCUGUCACCGCUGCUGGUGCUCUUCCUGGAGGGGGUGGCGGCCGUGCUCUCGGCCCCCCGCCACCACGUGGUGCUCUUCAACAUCCAGAACGACACGGACGUGCCGGCCGCCCACAUCCUCAACGUCAGCCUGUCAGUGCUGCUGCCGGGCGGGACCCGCGGAGGGCGCUACAUCCCCUCCCAGGAUCUGCAGGAGCGGCUCUACCUCAACCGCACACUGCUGGCUGCCAUCUCCGAGCAGCGGGUGCUGCCCUUCGACGACAACAUCUGCCUACGGGAGCCCUGCGAGAACUACAUGCGCUGCGUCUCCGUGCUGCGCUUCGACAGCUCCGCGCCCUUCCUGGCCUCCGCCACUGUCCUCUUCCGGCCCAUCCACCCCGUCAGCGGCCUGCGCUGCCGCUGCCCCGCCGGCUUCACCGGCCACUACUGCGAGAGCGAGAUCGACCUGUGCUACUCCAGCCCCUGCGGCCUCAAUGGGCGCUGCCACCGCCGGGAGGGCGGCUACACCUGCCACUGCCAGGCCGGCUUCACCGGAGAGCACUGUGAGGUGAACGCCCGCCUGGGCCGCUGCACACCGGGUGUCUGCAAGAACGGGGGCACCUGCACCAAUCUGCUGGUCGGGGGCUUCAAGUGCGACUGCCCCUCAGGGGACUACGAGAAGCCCUACUGCGAGAUGAGCAGCCGCAGCUUCCCUGCCCGCUCCUUCGUCACCUUCCGGGGGCUGCGCCAGCGCUUCCACUUCACUGUCACCCUCACGUUCGCCACGAAGGAGCGGAACGGGCUGCUACUGUACAACGGGCGCUUCAACGAGAAGCACGACUUCGUGGCCCUGGAGAUCAUCCACCAGCAGAUCCAGCUCACCUUCUCGGCAGGUGAGUCGACCACCACGGUGUCUCCGUCCGUGCCGGGCGGCGUGAGCGACGGGCAAUGGCACACUGUCCGGCUGCAGUACUACAACAAGCCCAUCAUUGGGAAGUCGGGGGUGCCCCAGGGCCCCUCGGAGCAGAAGGUGGCCGUGGUGACGGUGGACGACUGUGACUCGGCCGUGGCUCUGAAGUUUGGCGAGGUGCUGGGGAACUAUUCCUGCUCUGCGCAGGGGACGCAGUCUGGCACCAAGAAAUCCCUGGAUCUGACGGGCCCCCUGCUCCUGGGCGGGGUCCCCGACCUGCCGGAGAGCUUCCCGGUGCGCAACCGGCAGUUCGUGGGCUGCAUCCGGAACCUGCUGAUCGAUAACCGCCAGCUGGACAUGGCCGACUUCAUCGCCAACAAUGGCACUGUACCGGGCUGCUCUGCCAAGAAGAACGUCUGUGACAGCAACACCUGCCACAACGGGGGCACCUGCGUCAACCAGUGGGACAUGUUCAGCUGCCAGUGCCCCCUGGGCUUUGGGGGCAAGAACUGCAGGCAAGAGAUGGCAAAUCCCCAGCGGUUCGUGGGCAGCAGCCUGGUGGCCUGGAGUGACCUGGCCCUGAGCAUCUCGCUGCCCUGGCACCUGGGGCUCAUGUUCCGCACCCGCCAGGCCAACAGCAUCCUCCUGCGGGCCCUGGCUGGGCAGUUCUCCACCAUCACCCUGCAGCUGAGCGAGGGGCACGUGCUGACGAGCGUCUCCCAGCCUGGCGGCCGCGGCUGGACACUCCAGCUGCACCAGGUGAAGGUGAACGAUGGCGACUGGCACCACCUGCAGCUGGAACUGCGGCGUGGGCGGGAGAGCGCGGAGGCCGAGGGCCUGGCUGUCCUGGCCCUCGACUACGGCCUGCACCAGGUGCUGGAGGUCCCCAGCAGCGAGCUGCAGGGGCUGAAGCUGCGAAACCUGAGCGUGGGUGGCGUGGCGGGUGCAGGGGGCCAGGUGCAGCAGGGAUUCCGCGGCUGCAUGCAGGGUGUGCGGAUCGGCGAGACGGCGGCCAGUGCCGUGGCCCUGAACGUGAACCAAGCCGAGCGGGUGAACGUGGAGCGUGGCUGCAGUGUCCCUGACCCCUGCGACUCCAGCCCCUGCCCAGCCAACAGCUACUGCAACGACGACUGGGACAGCUUCUCCUGCAGCUGUGACUCAGGUUAUUAUGGAGACAGCUGUGCCCACGUGUGUGCCCUCAACCCCUGUGAGCACCAGGCCACGUGCACUCGCAAGCCCAGCGCCCCUCACGGCUACACCUGCGAGUGUCCCCCCAGCUACUUCGGCCCCUACUGCGAAAACAAGAGUGACCAGCCGUGCCCGCGGGGGUGGUGGGGGCACCCCAUGUGCGGCCCCUGCAACUGUGACGUCAGCAAAGGCUUCGACCCUGACUGCAACAAAACCAGCGGGGAGUGUCACUGCAGGGAGAAUCACUACCGCCCGCUGGCCAGCGACUCCUGCCUGCUAUGCGACUGCUACCCCACGGGCUCCCUGGCACGGCUCUGUGACCCCGAGACAGGGCAGUGCCAGUGCAAGCCAGGCGUCAUCGGGCGACGCUGCGACCGCUGUGAUAACCCCUUUGCUGAGGUCACCGCCAACGGCUGCGAAGUGAAUUACGACAGCUGCCCCCGUGCCAUCGAAGCCAACAUCUGGUGGCCCCGCACCCGCUUUGGGCUGCCCGCCGCGUCGCCCUGCCCCCGAGGAUCCUUCGGCACCGCGGUGCGGCACUGUGACGAGCACAAGGGCUGGCUGGCUCCCAACCUCUUCAACUGCACCUCGCUGCCCUUCGCCCAGCUCCGGAGCCUGGUGGAGCGGCUGCUGCGGAACGAGUCGCUCCUGGACCCGGGGCUGGUGCAGCAGGCGGCCCUGCAGCUGCACAAUGCCACCCAGCACACAACCAGCUACUUUGGCAGCGAUGUGCGGGUGGCGUACCAGCUCUGUGCCCGCCUCCUGCAGCAUGAGAGCCACCAGCAGGGCUUCGGUUUGGCCGCCACACAGGACGUCCACUUCACUGAGAACCUGCUGCGGGUGGGCAGUGCCCUGCUGGACCCCAACAACAAGCGCCACUGGGAGCUGAUCCAGCAGACGGAGGGCGGCACGGCCUGGCUGCUGAAGCGCUACGAGGAUUACGCCAGCACCCUGGGCCAGAACCUGCGCCAGACCUACCUGAGCCCCUUCACCCUCGUCACGCCCAACAUCGUCAUCUCCGUAGUGCGGCUGGACAAGGGGAACUUUGCUGGCGCCAAGCUGCCCCACUACGAGGCGCUGCGGGGCGAGAAGCCCGCAGACCUGGAAACCACCGUCAUCCUCCCCAAAACCGUCUUCCGGGCGCCCGAGGGCAAAGACCCCCCCAUGGGCAGUGCCAAGCAGCCCCCCAGCUCUGCAGAGGAGGAGGAGGAGCCGUCACUGGUGACCAGGCACAAGAGGCAUCCGAACCUGAGUGAGGGCCAGGCCGUGGCGAGCGUGAUUAUCUACCGCACGCUGGCAGGGCUGCUGCCGGAGCAGUACGACACGGACAAGCGGAGCCUGCGGGUCCCCAAACGGCCCGUCAUCAACACGCCGGUGGUGAGCAUCAGCGUGCACGCCGAGGAGCAGCGGGGACCGCAGGCGCUGGAGAAGCCCGUCACCGUGCAGUUCCGGCUGCUGGAGACGGAGGAGCGCUCCAAGCCCAUCUGCGUCUUCUGGAACCACUCCAUGCUGCCUGGCGGGGCGGGCGGCUGGUCAGCCAGGGGCUGCGAGCUGGUCUUCAGGAACGAGAGCCAUGUCAGCUGCCAGUGCAGCCACAUGACCAGUUUCGCUGUGCUGAUGGACAUCUCCAGGAGAGAGAACGGGGAGAUCCUGCCGCUGCAGACCAUCACCUACGCCUCCGUGGCCGUGACACUGGGCAGCCUCCUGCUCACCUUCCUGGUGCUGGCUGGCCUGCGCGCCCUGCACGCCAACCAGCACAGCAUCCGCAAGAACACCGCCGCCGCCCUCUUCCUCGCCGAGCUCGUCUUCCUGCUGGGCAUCAACCAGGCCGACGUCCCCUUUGCCUGCACCGUGAUCGCCAUCCUGCUGCACUUCUUCUACAUGUGCACCUUCGCAUGGCUCCUGCUGGAGGCGCUGCAUCUCUACCGCAUGCUGACCGAGGUGCGGGACAUCAACCACAGCCCCAUGCGCUUCUACUAUAUGGUGGGCUGGGGCGUGCCAGCCUUCAUCACAGGGCUGGCUGUGGGGCUGGACCCCGAAGGCUACGGGAACCCCGAUUUCUGCUGGCUCUCCAUCUACGACACACUGGUCUGGAGCUUCGCUGGGCCCAUCGCCUUCGCUGUCUCGAUGAGCGUCUUCCUCCAUGUCCUGGCCACCAAAGCCGCCUGCCUGGCCCAGGAGCGGGGUUUUGAGAAGAGGGGCCCAGUGUCGGGGCUGCGGGCGGCAUUCCUGGUGCUGCUGCUGGUUAGCGCGACAUGGCUCCUGGCCCUGCUCUCCGUCAACAGCGACGCCAUCCUCUUCCACUACCUCUUUGCCGGCUUCAACUGCCUCCAGGGCCCCUUCAUCUUCCUCGCCUGCAUCAUCUUCAGCAAGGACGUGAGGAAGGCUCUGAAGUUCAGCUGCAGCAAGAAGCACAGCACAGACCCCGCGCUCACCACCAAAUCCACCCUGACCGCAGCCUACAACUGCAACAACACGUAUGUGGCUGGCCGGCUGUACCACACGCCCUUCGGUGCCUCCACGGGCUCCCUGUACAGCACCGUGCACUCCGGCAAGAGCCAGCACAGCUACAUCCCCUUCGUGCUCAGGGAGGAGUCCGGGCUGAAGAGCUGCCAGGUGCCCAGUGGGCAGACGGACCCUGGUGCCCACUUCCUGGAGGCCACGGACCAGCCGAACGAGCACGACACGGACUCGGACAGCGACCUGUCCUUGGAGGACGACCAGAGCGGCUCCUACGCCUCCACCCACUCCUCGGACAGCGAGGACGAAGCGUUCCCGGGGGAGCCCUGCUGGGAGAACCUGCUGGGCCCCCCCAGUGAGAAACUGCCGCCACACAGCACCCCCAAAGUGGAUAACCCGCCGGCCCACGGCAAGCCCUACUGGCCGGGGGAGUUUGUGACCACGGCCAGCGAGAGCGAUGGGCACGCCGGCCCUGAGACGCUGCGGGUGGAGCCGGCCGCAGGGCAGGUGUGGCUGGGACCCCUGGAGGAGGCACCCAGGGAGAACGGGGAGGCCCUGGACAAGAACGUGCUGGUUCCGCUACCCAACCCCACUGCCCAGCCCCAGAAAGGGAUCCUGAAGAAGAAGUGCCUCCCCACCAUCAGCGAGAACAGCAUCCGCCCUGUAGCCAGUGAGCUCUCGGCCCCCCCGCCGGGCAUGGUGGCAUCACGCGGCUCCUCGACAGGCAGCGAGGGCAGCCGGGGGGGCAGGGUUCUGCCGCGGCCCCGCCAGACGCUUCAGGAGCAGCUCAACGGGGUGACGCCCAUCGCCAUGAGCAUUAAGGCCGGCACGGUGGACGAGGACUCCUCCGGCUCCGAAUUUCUGUUCUUUAAUUUCCUCCAUUAA